CCCAGGUGGAAAGGUCCUUUCCAGGUGUUAAUAGUGACCAGAACAGCCCUAAAGGUCCAAGGCAGGACAGAGUGGAUCCACGCUUCUCGAUGCCGCCUGUCUCCUCCGCCGAUCAGAGGGGAGGGUCAGGGUGCUGGCGUGUGAUGAAUGUCCUCAUAUUCCUUGGUCUGGGUCUACUAUACCUGGCCAAGGAAACCCCGCCAGAUGAGGCGGAACCAAUCCCGAUGACAGGUGGCGAGGGCUCUCGCCCCUCAGAAGGCUUAUGGGCGUGGAACGUCUAUCCAGAGACGGGGUACCAGCGGUUCCAGGUCUCGCAGCGGAUGAACGGAGGAGGGUUUCUACCCUCUCACGAUGUGGGCCACAGCGACUGUAACACCGUAAUAAAGGUCAAACUAACCAGUACUCCCCUCCCAGAGAGAGUUUACUUGGUCUGUGGAGACAGAGCCUACAGUUGCAUGCCUUAUGACACUUUUGAUGGCACCUGUUAUCUAGCCUAUCUAAUCCCUUUGAUCCGUAAAGUAGAGACUGAUGAGAUUGCAGCAAUACUCCCCUCCCUACACAGAAAUCGUAGGACCAUCACAACAGGUCAGCAGCUGGCUAGCGCUGUCCUGCCCUGGUACGGCAUUUAUGUUUCCCAGCAGGAAAUCAUAGCUCUCUCCAAAAUAGUGGAAAACCACCUCAAUGUAUCCAACAGAGCCAUGUUGGCUGAACACAAAGAACUGCAGGAAGUUAGAACAGUGGCAUUACAGAAUUGCAUGGCACUGGAUCUUCUGCUAGCAGCACAGGGAGGCACGUGCAAGGUGAUUGGCUUUGAGUGUUGUUCUUUCAUCUCUGAUGCUAAACCUGAGGUCAUGGAUAUGGCUCAUGAUACUGCUAGGGGAAUAAAAUAA